ACCCCAGCUUCAAAGCCUGCUACCCCAGCUUCAAAGCCUGCUACCCCAGCUUCAAAGCCUGCUACCCCAGCUUCAAAGCCUGCUACCCCAGCUUCAAAGCCUGCUACCCCAGCUUCAAAGCCUGCUACUCCUGCAGCAAAGCCUGCUGCUGCAGCAGAGAGCAGCUCAGACUCUGACUCCUCUUCUGAAGAUGAAGAACCAGUUAAGGCUAAACCUGCAGCAGCUACACCAGCCUCAAAGCCUGGUACUCCUGCUGCAAAGCCUGCUGCUGCAGAGAGCAGCUCAGAAUCUGACUCCUCCUCUGAGGAUGAGGAAGAAGUGGUGAAAGCCAAGGCGGCAGCAGCUAAGCCUGCAACACCGGCUGCAA